AAUGAUUCAUUCAAACCAAUGAAUGAUGAUGAUCUAAUGCAAAAGCCAAUAAGGAGAGCUAAUGUCGAUAUUAUACAACAUAAUGAGAAGCGUCAGAUACAAUUGGCUGUGGAGGAAUGGGCCGUCUCCAAUGAGUUGUACGACAAGGGCUACACAGAGGACGAGAUCGAGCAUCUAAAAUCAAAGAAGAAGAAGGAGAUUGAGGAGCAGCGUGCUGCCAAUCAAUUGGCCGACCCAUAUCAGCAACAACAACAGCUAUCAGUGGAGGACAUGCGCAGUCGUUUCGAUCUCAAGGAGACCCAUCAAGCACAGCAUGUCAAGGAUGCAGAGAACACACGUUUCCAGAAUGCAUUGCGUCUGCCCGCUGGAUACGUGCCGGGCGGAUCGAUGAACCCAAAGGUGCAGGCUGCCGUCGAACAGGGCAAGCGCGAGCGUAGGGAAGCCUGGGAGCGCAAGCAGAAGGAGCGUGACAUGGAGAUGCAGAGGGAGAAAGAGAUCAAGAAGUUUCAUCAAGAGUACAACAAGAAGAAAAGACGUGGUAGUGACAAGAGGAGGCAUCACUCAGACUCCUCAUCCUCGAGUGAUAGCGACAGCAGUGACAGCAGCGACAGCAGUGAUAGUGACAGCAGCAGUGAGGACGAUCGCAAGUCAAAGAAUAAGAACAAGCAUAAGGAUAAGAAGAGGAGAGCGUCGAAGGAGGCACCCGAGCCGUCAAUCAAAAAGGAGGUGGUGAGGGAUAGCAAGCCAGCACCUCCUACUCCUCCACAGGCAUCAGACUCUCGACCAACUUCAAUGGACGAAGCAUCACCGCCAAGAUCGCGUGCUGCUCACAGAGAUGAGGAUGACGAUGCAUCAACGCCAAGGUCACGUGUCGCCAACAGAGAUGACGAUGAAUCACCUCCAAGGUCGCGUGCCACCAACAGAGAUGAUGACGACACACCACCAAGAUCAAGAUCAAGAUCACCUCCACGACGAAAUGAUAGAGACAGGCGGUCAUACUCAAGAUCACCUCCAAGAAGAUAUAGACGCGAUAGUCACAGUCGAUCACCACCACGCAAUCGCUCACCACCACGAAACCGAUCGCCGCCACGCAAUCGCUCACCGCCGCGCAACAGAUCACCACCACGCAAUCGCUCUCCACCAAGAGGCCGGUCGCCUCCACCUCGCAACAGAUCCCCGCCACGCAACAGAUCACCUCCACGCAAUCGCUCUCCACCAAGAGGACGGUCGCCACCGCCUCGCAACAGAUCCCCGCCAAGGGGUCGUUCGCCUCCUCCUCGCAACAGAUCACCUCCACGCAACCGCUCUCCACCAAGAGGCCGGUCGCCACCCAGGGGUCGAUCGCCACCACCUGGCAACAGAGCAUUGCCAAGAGGACGCACACCAUCGCCUCCGCCUCGCAACAGAUCACCUCCCCCUCGCAGCCCGAGCCGGUCGCCUCCACGCAACCGCUCACCUCAGCCCCGUUCCAGACGUCCA